AUGGAAGAAAGGAAGUGGCGAGGCUUUAAUCGAGUCCUGGAGGAGAGCAGGAGGAUGUGUGUCAGAGUUUCUGAAGUGGAGGGAGCUGUGCGUCCCAUACGUGCCCCCAGUCCGUCAGUGUCAGGCCUAAACCUCAGUCAAACAUCAGAGCUGGCCACAGAGCAGCGGUCAGUCAGGCUGUGGAGGUCAGGCACCAUGGCGAGCCAGCGGCCUCCCUCCAGUACUGGCAGGCCAGCCAGCCGUAGUGGGUCUGUGAUCCCGGGGGGUGGAAGACCCCCCACAUCUGUCCGGCCUCCACCCACAGCCAUCCGUGUCCCAACUGGGAUGGUUCCAGGUACCAGUGGUCAUCCUGGAAUGAGGGGGGGGGUCCCCAUCCCUGGAGUUCUGUCUGCCCCCAUCAAAGUGACCGACAGGCCUGUCACCCAACAGGGGCUCAGUGGAAUGAAGACGGGAAUGAAAGGGCCCCAGAGACAGAUUCUGGACAAGUCCUACUACCUGGGCCUCCUCAGGAGUAAGAUAAAUGAGUUGACCACAGAGACCAGCAAACUGCACGCUGAGAUUGAGGGCUACAAUCAGGAGAACUCCGUCUACCUCUCCUAUGAGAAGAGAGCUGAGAGUCUGGCUGCAGAGAUUAAGGACAUGCAGGGCGAGCUUGCUGACUACAACAUGUUGGUGGACAAGCUCAACACGAACACAGAGAUGGAGGAAAUGAUUAAUGACUACAACAUGUUGAAAAUUCAGAAUGACCGUGAGGCACAAAGUAUUGACAGCAUCUUUACAGAGAGGAGAGAAAGAGAGGAGGCCAUCCGGGCUCUGGAGGAGGAGAUCAGGAGAGAGCGGCGGGUAGCAGAUCAGGUCAUCCAGGCCAUGCCGGUCACAAAGCAGGAGCAGUACUCCACCAUGACGGCGUCCAAUGAGGAGCUGCUGCAGGAGCUCGCAGUGCUGCAGGAGGAGCUGGACAUCCUGGGAACCAGGAAAGAGGACUUUGAAAUGGAGCUGUCCCACUCCCAGAUCAAACAGGCCGUGGUGCGGCUUCAUGAGACCCUGUUAGCACUGGAGGCAAAGCGCGAUGCCAUGGAGGCAGAGAACAAGAGCCUGGGCUCCCCCAAGGAGGAACGGGAGAAGCUGUUUCAGCAGGUGAAGGAGGACAACCAGGAAAUAGCCAGCAUGGACAGACAGCUCACUGAGAUCAAGGCCAGGACCAGACAAAUUACAGAGGACAUCCGACAUCUGGAUCAGGACUCAGAGGCAGCUCAGGGGGAGUGUCAGCAGAAAUACAAGGAGCUGAAGAGGAAGGAGGAAGAGAUUGAUCGGUUCCUGGACUCAUUCGAGGAGUCUAAGGACCAGGAACUGAAGAAGCUGACCCAGGGCCAAGAAAACGUAGUCUCACUGCUGGAGCACUGCAGCAGGAACAUGCUGCGACUGCGGCAGGUGGACACGGUGACGGCCAACCAGCUGAAGAACAUGCAGGAAGUGCUGGUCAGCAAGGAGACAGAGGUGGUCCAAUCAGAGAGCACCGCCCGAGGGCUGGCAACAGAGUCCCAGCGUCUGCAGCAGGACCUGGACAAGGUCCAGCAGCUGGAGGGGAAGAUCAGCGGGGAGCUGAGCGUCCUGAAGGAGACGGUCAGCAGCAUGGAGUCCGAGCUGCUGACCUACAGAGACCUGGACGCCCUGAGGAGCACCGCCGAGCAGAAGAAGAAGAGGCUGCUUGAGGACCGGACGUCGCUGACCCAGUGCCAGGACGCCUUCUCUCAGCUGCUGGACGAGCUGGAGCAGAAACACGAAGCUCUGAAGGCCAAGCUGCAGGAGAACGAGACCCACGCUCAGCUGGCUAACCUGGAGCGGAAAUGGCAGCACCUGGAGCAGAACAACUUUGUGAUGAAAGAGUUCAUUGCCUCCAAAUCUCAGGAGAGCGACUACGCCACGGUGGCCAAGCACGUGUUCCAGCAGGUGGCCGAGUACAACCGCAGCCUGAUAGAGGCGCUGCAGAGCAACCGCAGCUGA